UACAGAGCUUACUUUGAUUUGAUAUUUGGUGACUACUAUUUUUAGCGUCGUGACAUGCGAAGAAGUCACAUAACAAAAAAUAUUUAUCAUUGUUCUCCUCCACCUCUGUCAGCCGAUAAUGAUGAUAUUAUAUGCACGAAAUCAUGUCUAAAUUUAUGAAUUACGCACACACACACACACACACAUUAUUGUGUGAUGACCGUAUGACCCGUCGCAUCAAGCAACAUUAUCGCGUUGGAUAGAAUGGGGAGGAGGAGGAGAAAGGUUUGCAUCGUGGUCGAAUCGUCAGUUAUUGCUGGAAUAUGGGAAGAAUACGCGAAAGGAUUGACGACGACGACGACGACAAAAAUGAAACUUUUCAUCGGUCCGCUUUCGGUGUGAUUGCAAGGGGCGCCAAGGAGAAGGCCGUCGAUGUUACGCUGUGGUGCGCUCUGAAGCUGUUGGCCGUUUCGAGGAGAUGCGAGAACAUUGUUGGCGUCGAGAGGAAGCGCGGAACGAAGAAGGAGGAGAACGGCAUCACCGAGCACCGUAUCGUUGCAACAUCGAACGGCCACAGUCGCCGUCGCCGCAAGUCAGAACUAGUGGACAGUUCCAACGAUGAUGACCCGCUGAGUCGCCGCCAACCCCUCCUCAACGAGAUCAUCUCUGAAGUAUUCAACGACGAACUCGGACGGUGGAGCAACGGCUGCGUCAGAGAAGGAGGAAGAGGAAGAGGUGACAGACGUACCGAAGAUUUGGCCGUCAUCAAACCGGGAAGCGUUCGCAGCCUGAGGAAGCAGCUGGAAAACUCUGGUCUAGGCGCGGGAACCAACAAUUUGGUGGCAUGCGCCGCUGCUGAGAGACGGCGACCCGAAUCUGAUACGAUACGAUCCAUCCACGAGGAGAUCGUCAACACUCUGCAGCUGAUCGUGCAGCAGACGGAAGAGAUUCACCAGAAACUGUCUGCAAGGACGAGCAUCGAUACUGCGACGAUGGUGAAAAUGAAGGAGGAGGAGGUUCGAGUUUUAACCCUUUCGCACGGCGAGCACCGGGACACAGAUCUCUUCAGAAUGGAGAACGGUUGGCAACUGCAGUUUCGUCUCGGCCCUACACUUCUGGGCAAGAGGGUUGCCCUGUUCUGUAACUAUCCCAAGGACGGAGGAGACUUCAAGAGGAAUCGAUACGUGCAGCUGCAUUGGACAGCCGACGGUGAUGCUGCCGCACCAGCGACGCACCCGAUCAGAGCGAACGUCUCCGGCAGCUUCCACUACUACUUUGCCUACGAGGAUGAAAAAAAACGUCGUCAGGGCUCCGGGUACUUCAUCGUCGAUCCCCGUCUGACUUUCGGUGACGUCGGCGAAACUCUGCCGCUCGAUGCGAUCCAGUGCCAGACGGUGCUCGCCAAGAGCCUCGGCAACUUCGCCUCCUGGGAGGCCAAACUGAGAGUCACCAAAGAGUCCGGCUACAAUAUGAUCCAUUUCACGCCGAUCCAGGAGCUGGGCGCAUCGCGCUCAUCGUACAGUCUCUGCGAUCAGCACAAACUGAAUCCGCAGUUCGGCGCCGAUUACCAGCAGGUCGAGCAAUUCCUCGACAAAAUCCGAACAGAGUGGAAGAUCACGUCGAUAUGCGACAUCGUUCUUAAUCACACGGCCAACGAGAGCGGCUGGCUGCUCGAGCAUCCGGAGGCGACGUACAACUGCUCGAACUGCCCGUACAUGCGUCCCGCCUACCUGCUGGAUGCGGCCCUUCACCUCUUCUCUCUGGACGUCGCGCGCGGAUCUUUCGAAUCGAAAGGCAUUCCCCCCGAAGGCAUCUCGACGGAGGAACAUCUGCAGGCUAUCCGGUACGUACUCGAGAACGAGGUGAUCGACUCGCUGCGUCUCGAGGAGAUGUUCGUCUGCGACGUUAAGACCUUGGUGGCAGAGUUCGCUGAUAUGGCGAGGGGCAGAGUGCCGCGAAUGAUGAACGAACUCGAUGUCGAUCAGCGGUUACUGCGGCUCAUCCAAGAUCCCGACUAUAGGCGUUUAGCCACGAGGGUCGACAUGGACCUGGCGUUGAGGAUUUACAACGUGUACCGCGGAGACUGCUUCGACGAGGAGAGCAGGAUCAGGAGAUGCACCGAGGAGUUCAAGCUCGCCCUGGACGGCCUCAACGUCGAGGUCGCGAACGAUCUGCGCGAUCAUCUGACGGCGGCAGUGGACAACUGCAUCGCCGGGAUUCGGUACUUUCGCGUGCAGAAGGAUGGACCCGGAAUUCGCGAGGUCUCGGAACGGUUCCCUCUCGUUUACAGAUACUUCACCACCGGCGAUAUCCGCUGCUGCAGCAGCAGCAGCACGUUGAAGGAAUGCGAACGGACGAUGUACGAGAACGACGGAGGUGGCAAAUACUUGAUGGUCCACAACGGCUGGGUGAUGAACGCGGAUCCGCUGCAAAACUUUGCUGCCGACUCGAGGGUAUACCUACGGAGGGAGCUGAUCGCGUGGUCGGAUAGCGUGAAGCUGCGAUACGGGGAGAGACCCGAGGAUUGUCCGUUCCUGUGGCAGCAUAUGCGCGAGUACGUCGAGACGAUGGCCAGAAUGUUUGACGGGGUGCGACUGGAUAAUUGCCAUUCGACGCCGAUGCCCGUUGCCGAGUACCUGUUGGAUUGCGCGCGCAAGGUCAAGCCGGAACUGUACGUCGUCGCCGAGCUCUUCACCAAUUCCGAUCGCAAGGAUAACAUCUUCGUCAACCGUUUGGGCAUCAACUCGUUGAUCAGAGAGGCGAUGUCCGCAUGGGAUUCUAACGAGCUUGGACGGCAGGUGCAUCGUUUCGGUGGUGAUCCGGUGGGUGCGUUCUAUCAACCGCACGUUAGGCCACUCACGCCAUCCGUUGCGCACGCCCUCUUCCUCGACCUCACCCACGACAAUCCAUGCCCCAUCGAGAAGCGCUCUGUAUACGACAUCCUGCCGAACGCAGCCCUGGUCAGCAUGGCAUGCUGCGCGAUCGGAUCGAGCAGAGGUUACGACGAACUGAUUCCGCACCACGUGCACGUCGUCGACGAGACCAGGGAGUACGCUGAAUGGUGGUCUAGCAAAGAGGAGAAGGAAGAGGAGGAGGAGCAGAAAACCGUAAACGACGACGACGACUACGACGACCGACGUUUCGUCAGCGCGAGCAGCGGAAUCGUGGCGGCCAAAAGGGCUCUGAACGAGCUGCACUCUUAUCUGGCCCGGAACGGAUUCAAUCAGGUGUUCGUGGACCAGAUGGACGCGGACGUCGUUGCAGUGACCAGGCACAAUCCGAACAAUCACGAGAGCGUCAUCCUGGUGGCAUUCACCGACUUUAACGAUGCGACGUCCACGAGGGAGGAGGAUAUCGACAGGCGCCACGUUAAACCGCUGGCCAUCGACGGGGAGGUCAGAGAAAUCAUCCUCGAGGCCUCGCUAAAAACGCGUGACUUUGAUGUCGACGCCGCCGCAUACGUCAGGGACGACAAGUACAUCAAUGGUCUGCGUAAUUAUGAGCUACAGAUCGAACGAAAUCUGCCGCUGGAAAAGUCCCGGUUCCUCCGCAAGUCUGCGUCGGAACCGUACCGUCUACAAUUCAAGAACUUCACCAGAGGUUGCGUGGUCGCCAUCAGAGUGGGUCUGCUUGCCGAAGCUGAGAUGGCUGUCCGAGAGUUGCGCCGCGAACUGAUCGACGACAAUUCCGUUCGGAACGAGCUGACCGAAAUCGUGUCCUCACUCGAUCUGGCCGACUACAAUCGUGUGCUGUACAGAUGCGAUCAGGAGGAACGCGACGAAGGGUUCGGUUUCGGUGCGUACGACAUUCCGUCGUACGGGCCGACCGUCUACUGCGGCCUGCAGGGUUUCAUCUCGCCCCUAUCCGAGAUCAGGUCGAGCAACGAUCUGGGUCAUCCGUUGUGCUCUAAUCUGCGCAGCGGCGAUUGGAUGAUCGACUACGUGAGCGACAGGCUCAAGUUGGACGAGGGCACCGAAAAACUGGGCAAGUGGCUCGAGAGGAGGAUGCGACCGCUCAAGCAGUUACCCCGCUACCUGAUACCCGCCUAUUUCGAUGAACUCCUCACCGGCUUGUACACUGCUUUGCUGGAGAAUUGCUUCGACCAGCUGAUGUCGUGCGAUUUCGUGAGGAACGGUUCGUCGUUUGUGCGAGCACUCGCGCUCGGCUCCGUCCAGAUGGUUGCGUGCAUCAAAUCGGCACCGCUACCGAUGCCGUCGCCGCCACCCUCAUCAUCCGAACAGGAUGCAAGAUGUAAGGCGAUGACGAGUCUGUCAGCAGGAUUGCCGCACUUCGCCGUCGGCUACAUGAGGAACUGGGGCAGGGACACGUUCAUCUCGAUUCGUGGUCUCCUCAUACUGACGGGCAGACGACAGGAGGCUCGACAGCAUAUCCUCGCGUACGCCGCCUGCCUCCGGCACGGUCUCAUUCCGAACCUGCUGGAUGCUGCGACGGUGGGCGGUGGCGUGAACGCGAGGUACAACUGCCGCGAUGCCGUUUGGUGGUGGCUCUACUGCAUCCGCAGCUACGUGCAAGAAUGCGACGCAGCAGCGGACAUAUUCGGUGAAAAUGUUGUGCGUCUGUUCCCUGCGACGGAAGAAGAGGAAGAGGAAGGACAGGACGUCCGUAAGUCGAUGACGCUCGGCGACGUGAUGCAGGAGGCGUUGAACGUGCACUUCCAGGGGCUGGCGUUCAGGGAGCGCAACGCUGGACGAACCAUAGACGAGCACAUGUCCGAUAGGGGCUUCAACAAUCAGAUCGGCGUGCAUCCGGAGACCGGUUUCGUCUUUGGCGGAAACGAUGCGAACUGCGGCACGUGGAUGGACAAGAUGGGCUCGUCGGAGAGGACGGGGAACCGCGGGAAACCGGCGACGCCCAGGGACGGAUCCGCCGUCGAAUUGGUCGGUCUGAGUAUGGCGGUCGUCGCAUGGCUGCACACGAUGCACAAGCAGGGCAUGUACAAGUACGAGGGUGUGCAGCGAAGGCACAAGCCGGACGGAAAACUAAUCAUCAGGUGGAGUUGGCAGGAAUGGGCGGACAGAAUAGCCGGACAUUUCGAGAAAUCCUUUUGGAUAGGUCCGAAGACGGAGGAGGAGGAGACUGAAGACAAUCGUCGACUGAUCAACAAGCGAAACAUGUACAAGGACUGCUUCGGGGCGACGCAGACGUGGAGCGAUUACCAGCUUCGCUGCAAUUAUCCGAUCGCGAUGGUCGCGGCGCCGGAGCUGUUCGAUCCGCAGCACGCUUGGGCGGCGCUCAGGACUGCCGAGGAGCAUCUGCUCGGACCAUUGGGCAUGAAGACGCUGGACGCGAGCGAUUGGAAUUACGUCGGGGAUUACGACAAUUCGGACGAGUCGCAGGGCUACAACUAUCACCAGGGUCCGGAAUGGGUUUGGCCUGUCGGUUACUUUCUGAGGGCUCGGCUGAUCUUCGCCGCGAAGCUCGGCUUCCUGCGUCCGACCGUCGCGCACACCAAGGAGAUACUCUCGCGUCAUCUGGUCGAGCUGCAGACGUCGCCGUGGCGUGGCCUUCCCGAGCUCACGAACUCGAACGGGGCCUUCUGCAAGGACAGCUCUGCCACGCAGGCCUGGAGCAUGGCGAGCAUAAUGGAGGUGCUCUACGACGUCCAGCGGAUCGAGUCCAAGUCGCCGAUAAAUCUCAACUGACUUUGCGAGAAUUGGU